ACAGCAGAGUUUAAAUGUCAUAGUUGUGUAAGCUAUGUGACAUACUUUGUAGAAAUAACAACUCACUUUGGAAUUGGGGAAGUUAGAUGACUGGGUCUGUUGUUGAGACUUUGCUCCUGCUCAGUCUGCACAACAGGAAGUGACAGCAUUUGUCGUAAACGCGAAGGAGGUGUGGUAGUGUAUUUGUUGGGAGAAGCUGGCACUCCUGUAGUGGAAUUUGAGCUGGCAUACAAGGUUCAUCCAACACACAGGUCAAAAUGAAGAGUCUGGUUGGCUUUGGUGUGCUCAUUUUGGCAUGUCUUUUGAGCUGCACAGUACAGGCUAAGAAACACCACAGUCCACUUUCCUCUCAAGGAACAGACUGCACACAGAUUAAGGCUCUCUCACCACAAGCAUCCAGUGGGGUUUAUGUAAUCCAGCCUCAAAAAGUCAAGACCCCGUUUAAGGUGUACUGUGAGAUGCGCCCCGAUGGAGGCUGGACGGUGUUUCAGAGGCGCAGCAAAGGAGUGGUGUCCUUCAACAGGAAAUGGGCAGCAUAUAAAAACGGUUUUGGAAACCUGACACGUGACCACUGGCUUGGUCUGCAAAAGGUUUUCUCUCUGACCAAGAACAAACACAAGAAGUGGACCAUGAGAGUCGACCUGUGGGACCACGAAGAUGACACUGCUUUUGCUGAGUACGCACACUUCAAAUUGGGCGAUGCAAAAGCAGCUUUCAGACUGCUUUUGGGGAAAUACAAUGGAACCGCAGGUAACGCCAUGCAUAGCCAGAACCGCUACGGCUUCAGCACCUCCGACCGUGACAAUGAUGGCUGCUCCCCAUGCAUCUUUGGUGACAUUGCUCUAAUGGAAUGUACUCAGUCAGACGGUGGUGGCUGGUGGUACAGCCGCUGCGGAUCUGCCAGUCUGAAUGGCGACUGGCAUCCUGCUGGUGACCAUAUCGGCUGGGCGUCAGGCCUCCACUGGGAAACCUGGAAAACUCAUGCACCAUACUCCCUGAAGGCCACCAGAAUGAUGAUCAAGUCUGUGUGAGAGGACCCAUCUCACAUGUAACUUCAUACUGGCUUUUCUUGUAGCAUGUGAGAGUGGUGUUACAUUUUAUCACAUAUUUAUAUGCAAAUCAGUUUUGUUUUUUUUAGAUGCUGGUUGUGUUGUUUAUUUCACACUUACAAGGGUUGAUUUUUCUUUAUACUGUAAUAACUUCUUUAUGUAACACCUCAGAAAGAGUAGUUGAGAGGCCAGGCCAUCAUUGAGGUAUUCCUUUAAAGAAUGUAAAAAAAAAACAAAGAAUGUUGGAUGCCCAUAACUGGCUUUAGAGGCAUCUCUAAAAGUCUUAUAUUCUUACAGUUGGUUGUUACAUAAAACAAGCAGACAUCUAAAGGCUGAACAAACAUAUAUUUUUGAAGUGCAUAUUCAUUAAACAGUUUUGUUUGCAA